AGCCGGCGCGGUGGAUUCGGCCGACGAGACGCGUCGUCGUCGUGGUCCGCUCACCGCCUACGCCGCGCCGCUACCGAAAUUGAAACGACCUACGCGAGCGCCGUCUCCAGUCCGCCAACGCAACCACCCCCUCAACCGACGCACUGCUACCACUAGCGAAAACCCGCAAAACGCGUGCCACCGCGCCCCGAGAUUACAUUUCGUUGUUUCGCCGGACGCGGACGAACGCCGACCGAGCGCGCGCCGCAGCCGAACAUCGAUCCGUACACGUGCGUGGGCGAUACGGCGCUAAACACAUCCCCCGCCGCCCACGAGACGCGUCUCUCCGAUCGGUGAUUGUGCGAUCGCCGUCGUUGCUCGCUCGCCGCACACACUACCGACGACAGUGUACACGGUCGCACCACUAUCGGCUACUAUACCGCUGAAACCGCCCGUGGCUGGUCUCGCGUGAGUAUAAUACGAUCGUAUAAUAAAUAUAAUAUACACCUCGACAAAACCAUUUACCUCCGCACGUUUUGAACAUAAAAUAAUAACAGUCGAUCGCGUUAUGGUCAGCGUAGAAUAUUGAAUUGCACAUCGCACCGCUGCAACAAUAAUAUCGUCACAAUAUCGCGUAUCGUACCAGUGUCGCGGGUGCAGGUGCAACGGUCGUUUGGUCGGCGGUGACCGACAUGGACCGCCGCGCCGAACCACCGACCAAAUCGGGCGCGACGCGGCUCCGCUGCUGCUGCUGCUGCUGCUGUCAGACGACGGGACGGACUUACUGGUCGUCCACACGCGCUGCGGCCGUUCGAACACGUCCCGCCGCUAGUACGUGAGAUCGCUGCUGCUGCUGCAGAGCUCCGGCGGCGGCGGCGACGGUGACGACGGUGACGACGACCAUCACUGUGCGGCGAAGGUGCAGCGGGCGGCGGAUGCGGCGACGUGGUGAUCGCCGGUGGUGGCUUGUACCGUCACAGCAGUUCGUCUCUCGACACCAGUGUACGUGAUAAUUAUGGUCGUGGCCGCAACCAUGGCCAGCAUGGAUGACCACGAGCGGAAGAUUGUCGUCGAGUUCUGUCAACUGCUCGAACAGUCGAAGCAGCUAUUUAACGGGCUCCGAGACCUUCCACAAUGCGGUCAAAAAAUCUGGCAAGGGUAUUUCGGAAAGACUUUCGACGUUUACACGAAACUUUGGAAGUUUCAACAGCAACAUAGACAAGUGUUGGAUACAAAGUAUGGCUUAAAGCGAUGGCAAAUAGGUGAAAUAGCCUCGAAAAUAGGUCAACUGUAUUAUCAUUACUACCUUAGAACCAGCGAUACGAACAAUUUGAACGAAGCGUAUUCGUUUUAUUCGGCAAUAAGAGGAAGACAAUACUAUUCUCGAGUAUCUCAGGAAGAUAGAUCUGAUCUAAUGGUAAAAAAACUGAGGUACUACGCUAGGUUUAUUGUGGUGUGUCUGUUGCUAAGAAGAGUGGGAGCCAUUCGCGAAUUAUUGGCUGAGCUCGACAAGCAAAUCGUAGACUACACGAGUACAUACGAACCGGACGACCAGUUGGAAUGGUCUUUGGUUUUGGAAGAAAUCAAGACAUUUGUAAAAGCCGAUAGUAUUGUAAAUGUUUUACACGCUGACCAGAGCAGUGUCAUACUUUCACACAGGCUAACACCGCUGACUACGCCACCGGUGGAAAAAUCUACGAUGAUGAAUCUCUCGUUGCAAGAAAUCAUUCUUAUAGGAAAUGCUUCGGAACAGGUCAAGUUCAGCGAAAUGACGAUAGACAUGUUCAGAAUGAUGCAGACGCUAGAGAGGGAAAAAAACCGAGACGAAGUUAAUCACGUAUCCGACCCCCCUUCGAGAGCAUCAUUUGAAAAAAGUUACUCGAUAACUAGUAAUAAAACCUUAGCGUACCCAAUGAUGGCGAAUCAUGACGUGAAUAGUUCAAGAAGAGAAAAUCCUCACAAAUAUAUACUUUAUAAACCAACUAUUACUCAAAUAAUGAUGUUUUUAGCAACAGGUUUUAAAGAGCUUCCUGCAAACGGUGUGCUACUAAUGUACAUUUCAGCAGACGGAUGCUUUCAAACCUCAAAACACGUAAAUGAUUUGGGUUAUGACUGUGGAGGAAUCAUGGCAAGUAGCAAACGAGAAAUGGAACUGACCAAUAAAAAAGGUGUACAUGUAAAAGAGAUCCACUGCUUAUAUCCUGGAGAUCUUUACCCGUUCACUAGAAAACCAUUGUUUGUAAUUAUCGAUUCCGAUAAUAGUUUUGCCUUUCAAUACAUACCGAGGUAUUUCGGCCAUCCGUUCGUCGUGCUCAUGUCUCCCCAAGAGUUGCCAGAUAAACUUCACGAACAACUACAACACAACGGAAGUUUGUUCACGUUAUUUUUGCAUAGCCCUUUGACUGCAUUUUGUCUCAUAUGUAAUAUCCUAACGGUUAAAAUGCAUUUAUGGGAGAGGGCCAAUUCGUACGUAGAUAGAUUCAUCACGGAAGCUAGCCGUCUGUUUACUAGCAAAGUGAAACCAGACGUGUCUUACAUACAGUUCUUUGGUGACGACUUUUUACGGCUAUUAUUAUUGCGGUACGUCUUUUGCCACGUUGUACUUCGUCAUCAUCGAGCAUUUAUUGGAGAACAGUAUCUUCCGCGGUGUCAGCCGCCUUUGCCUUUGGCCAGCUUUUUAGACGAGAUAUCUCUGAAAAAAUACGUCAGAGAGUUGGCCAAACACCUGGACGUUUUGUCACAUUUCGAAAACUUCGAAUGAUCCUCACGACCCACUAUUAUUAUAUUGCUCGGCGGUCGUCAACUUCUUCCAGUAUAAAAAUAAUGAUAAUUAUUAUUAUCAUUAUUAUUAUUAUUAUUAUUAUUAUUAUUAUUAUUAUUAUUGUUGUUAUUUGAUUAUAAUACAUAGCGUGUAGUAUACCAUAUAUUAUAAUACUAUGUUUUUAUAAAUAUUGUAUAAAUUCGUGAAAUUCGUGUGUGACCUAUACCUGCAUAUUGUGUGAAAAUUGUUCGGAUACGAUGUAUGUCAACGAUAUUUAAAUCUAUUUUAAAUCUUGAUUUCGACCAAACGUACGUAAAAUGUGGUGAUAUUAUUCGUCUAGUUUAUCCCACAGAUUAUUUGUUUUGUUUUCAAUAACCAGAGUUCGAUAUUUGUUCUACAUGCCUAUAUUAUAUACGUUCAGUUAAAUAGUAGUAUCUAGAUUAAAAAAAUAUAAUAUACAUAUGUAUAUUUAUAUAUUUUUACAAUAUAUGUUUAUAUGUAUAUAUAUUAUAUAUUUAAAAAAAUACUAAUUAAAUAUUGAUGGUAUAAUAUAUGUACAUUAUAUUUAUACAUAGAUGAGAUGAUUCACUAAGGAUGCCCACAUCCCCUUUUCUUUAGUAAUCGAAUUAUUCAAAAUCUAAUUUUUGAAAUUAUUAAGUAUACUUAACGACCAUAUUUCCGAAUACUUAAUAGUUUUUGUACCAUUUGAGAAGUGUUUUAUGGUGAUGCAAACUUCUGUAUUUAAAAUUCAAACCACCCUUCUUUACUUUAAAGUUUAAAUUAAUCAGCAGAUCAUUUUUAAGAAUUUUGAUGUAUCUAAAUAAAAACUCGAACAUACCUAUAGUUUCUGAGUUAUUUAACAGUAUGUAUUAAGGAUAAUAAGUUUGUGAUUAUAGGUUUUAGUUGGAACUAUAAUGAUUUAAAAAUUAUAGUAAUUAAUAUUAAUCUAUCCGAAUUUUAAAAUUUUUAGAAAUUGUCUUAGUAUUAUAAAUAUUAGUUUCAAUAUUAUAUUAUCUAUUUUAUAUUUUUGUAAAACCAUUUUUAAAAAGUUUUAUUCUUGGAUUUAUAUCUAUUUUAAUAAUUUAUAAGUUACUCGUUUGAAUUUCAAUUUCGAUCAAACAUUUAUAUUAAAAAUUAAAAAAAAAAUGAUUUACUGAAUAAUUUUAAGUAAAAUAGAGGGUUCUCAUCUAAAAAUAGAAUUUUUCACUAUAACAAGAUACUCAUUAAAUGGUAUAAACAAUUCAAGUAUUCAAAAACAUGUUUUUUUUUUAAUAUCAAAAAUUAGAUUUUGAAUAAGUGUAUUUAAAAAAAAUAGGGAGGGGGCAUGUUUGAGGAAUCACUAUGUAUUAUAAUUUAUAUUACAUUGUAUCAAUAAUAUAUAAUUAUUAUUUUUAUUGUUUAGGCCCUAAUGGCUUAAUUAUUUGUUCGUAUAAUCUGUUAAAAACUAUUUAACUCCAUCGUAAAAUAUUUGAAACUUAAAAAUGUGUUAUGGUUUAAUCAAAAUACGUUCGAUCGAAAGUACAAUAAACGUAUAUAAGCGCUAAUAAAGCCUAUAAUGUUUAAAUACGUGAAUAAAAGUACCAAACUACAAUGUUAUAUUAUUAUAUAAGUUAUGUGUACCAAUUAAAUUUGAAAAAAACUGUAACACUUUUCUUUUUUUAAAUUCUAAUAAUAAAUAGUUUAAUUUUUUUCUAAAUUAAUAAAUCGAUUUCCAAAUCUUCCAUUUUGUACUACGAAAAAUCUCUUAAAAUUGCAUUAUAUACAAAUUGUUAGCGAAAUAAAGUACAGUAUUUUUUAUAAAAUUCAUUAAUCUAUUUAUAUUAUAAAACUACUUGGUUUCAAAAAAAAAAAAAAAACAUUGCUGCUUAUAAAAACCAAAUACCCUAAAUUAGUUUUAUUAUACAAAUGUUUUAUCGUCAUUAUUAUUAUAAACUAUAUUAUUGUUUCUGUAUACUGUUUCUUGUAAUCCCUAUAUUCUCACAUGUUAUACUUCAUGGAGCUGAGUACGAUUUACGUGUAUCGUGUUUAUAUCGUGUAUGUACUGCUGAUGUAAAUGCGUGAGAAAUGAGUAUGUACUACUCAAAUAUUCAUAAUAUAUAUUAUAUAUUAUAUAAUUUAAUGUUAUAAGCGCAGUAUGCAAUUGUUUAUUAUAUAUACUCAAUAAAUCAGCCGAAAACUGUUUACUUUUAUAUAAUAUAUUUUCAAAAAAAUGCAAUACAUUUGUCCGUUCUGUUUAUAAAAAUCAAUAUAGAAUUUUAGAAUUUUGUUUGAAUAA